AUGGAUUUUUAUUGUUAUAUGUUAUAUACUACCAUUGUCUUUCAAUUUCUUACAUUAAAUCAUUUUAACUAUGUGAAUGGACAAUAUACUAUGGAAUAUUUUAUUACUGAAGAAUGUCCACCAAAUACAUUAGUUGGAAAUUUAAAUAAUAUACCAUAUAAUUCAAUGAGUCAAUCAUAUUCAUUUAGUACUUUUCAACUUUUAUCAAAUAAUGUAAAUUUUUAUUUGAAUGAAUCUACUGGAUUAUUGUAUACACGUGGUCGAAUCGAUCGUGAAACUAUUUGUUCUGAUAAUAAUAUACACAGUAGUAAUACAAUGAAUAAUCUUCUUCCACAUUCAUCAAAUGACUUUAGAAUUAAAGAAGUUGAUCAACUUGUAAUAAACGAACCGAAUUCUCUAAAUACAGGAUAUAUUACUAAAUCAAGUUGUGAAAUAUUACUACAAGCCUUACAAUUUAUACAUGAUUCUCAUUCACGUGAAAAUAAUGAACAACAGCAUAGAGUGAUAUUAAUAAAAAUAUAUAUAUUUGAUAUAAACGAUAAUACACCAUCAUGGCAAGAGAAUAUUAUACAAAUCAGUGUACCAGAACAUACUUCAGUCGGUACUAGAAUACCCUUACCAACAGCUAAUGAUCCAGAUUGUGGACCUAUUAAUACAACUGUAAAUUAUUCACUACUUGAUGAAAAUGUAAAAUUUCAGUCUUCCGUCAUAAAUUCAGAAAAAACAUCUUCAAUGCAAAAUGUUUUCCAUUUAGAUGCAGAGCUUAUAUCAAAUCCAGAUAUGAAUUUAAACACUGUGUGGAAUUAUCAAGCAAUUACUUGUAAACCACGGAUUUUUCGUUUAUGGCUUCGUAUUACACAAGAUUUAGAUUGUGAUGAUGAUGAUAAUACCGAUGAAACUGAUACUUUGACUUCAUCGAAACUGUAUCACCCUGAAAGUGUGAAAGUAAAACAUGCAAAGUUGACUUUAAUUGCAGUGGAUGGUGGUCAACCGGUUAGUUUGACAGGCACUGUAACAAUAAAUAUAACAGUUACAGAUAUUAAUGAUCAUGCUCCCGAGUUUAUCGACUCUGAUCGAUAUCACUCUAAAACUACAAGCGAAUCAUCUUUAGUUCACUUAUCACCUGUCUACUCAGAAAAUGGAGAAUUAUAUAUACAGCUUCCUGAAAAUACUCCAGCUGGACGAGUUAUAUAUAAAGCACAAGCGGUUGAUCGUGAUGAAUCAGAUAAGAAAAAGCUUAAAUACACACUAGGAACAUCAGCCGGUCUAGAUGUUAGGGAUACAUUUAGAAUAGACCCGAAAUCAGGUGAAGUAAUUCUUUUACGUUCACCGGAUUAUGAGCAACACAGAAUACACAUUUUACCAAUCACAGUAACGGAUGGUAAACACUUGAUAACGCAAAAGUUGACUGUACGAAUUCAAAACAUAAAUGAUCACCCUCCUAUGAUUUCAGUUCGUCCAGUCAUUAAACAGAAAUCGAGUAAUUUUUCUUCAAGUUCAUCGAUACGUCCCGGAGUUCGAAACUUUAUUAAUGGUCGAACGAUUCUACUAUAUGUAACUGAACAUGAACCACCAGGCCAGUUAAUAGGAACUGUAACAGUAACUGAUUCUGAUGAAAUUUCUGACCGAUUCUUGCUAAAUCAGACAAUUUGA